CUGGGUCGGGCUCGGUGCGGCGGCGGCGGGCGGGAUGGACCUGGCGGUGGCGGCGGCAGCGGGGGAGGCGGGAGCGGCGCAGCAGCACCAGCAGCUCCGCGAUGAGGUGGCCGAGAAGUGCCAGAAGUUGUUCCAGGACUUCUUAGAGGAGUUCCAGAACAGCGAUGGGGAGGUCAAAUACUUGCGUGAUGCUGAAGAACUGAUUCGGCCAGAGCGGAACACGUUGAUUGUAAGCUUUGUGGAUUUGGAGCAGUUCAAUCAGCAGCUCUCUACCACUAUUCAGGAGGAAUUUUACAGGAUUUACCCUUACCUCUGCCGAGCAGUGAAAACCUUUGCCAGAGACCAUGGAAAUGUUCCCUCAAACAAGGACUUUUAUGUUGCAUUCCAAGAUCUACCUACCAGACACAAAAUUCGAGAGCUGACAUCAGCAAAAAUUGGCUCACUGAUGCGUAUCAGUGGACAGGUGGUACGUACCCACCCAGUCCAUCCUGAGCUUGUAAGCGGAACCUUCCUGUGCCUCGACUGCCAGACAGUGAUUAAAGAUGUGGAACAGCAAUUUAAAUACACACAGCCAAACAUCUGCAGAAACCCAGUCUGUGCCAAUAGAAGAAGAUUCAUGCUGGACACAAACAAAUCAAGAUUUGUUGAUUUCCAAAAGGUUCGCAUUCAGGAGACGCAGGCCGAGCUGCCGCGUGGUAGCAUUCCUCGCAGUGUGGAAGUCAUCUUGCGUGCAGAAGCAGUGGAGUCUGCUCAGGCAGGUGACAAAUGUGACUUCACAGGGUCGCUGAUCGUUGUGCCUGAUGUGUCCCAGCUCUCAACACCAGGGGUGCGUGCAGAAACCGGCUCCCGGGUGAGCGGGACAGAGGGGUAUGAAACUGAAGGUAUUCGAGGACUUCGCGCCCUUGGAGUCAGAGAGCUGUCGUAUAAGCUAGUCUUCCUAGCUUGUUACGUUGCACCAACAAAUCCACGGUUUGGUGGAAAAGAGCUCCGAGAUGAAGAACAGACUGCGGAAAGCAUUAAAAACCAAAUGUCUGUGAAAGAGUGGGAAAAGGUUUUUGAAAUGAGCCAGGAUAAGAACCUUUACCAUAAUCUGUGCACCAGCCUCUUCCCCACUAUCCAUGGUAACGACGAAGUGAAACGUGGGGUCCUGCUGAUGCUUUUUGGAGGAGUUCCUAAGACCACAUCAGAAGGCACUUCAUUGCGUGGGGACAUCAAUGUUUGUGUUGUUGGUGAUCCAAGUACAGCCAAGAGUCAAUUUCUAAAGCAUGUGGAUGAGUUCAGCCCUCGUGCUGUAUACACCAGUGGAAAAGCUUCCAGUGCUGCUGGUCUAACAGCAGCUGUUGUAAAAGAUGAAGAGUCUCAUGAAUUUGUCAUUGAAGCUGGAGCACUGAUGCUGGCGGAUAAUGGGGUUUGUUGCAUUGAUGAAUUUGACAAAAUGGAUGUGCGGGAUCAAGUAGCCAUUCAUGAAGCAAUGGAGCAGCAGACUAUAUCCAUUACUAAAGCAGGAGUGAAGGCUACCCUGAAUGCCAGGACCUCCAUUUUGGCUGCAGCAAACCCAGUUGGUGGGCGCUAUGACAGAUCCAAGUCACUGAAACAGAACAUAAACCUGUCAGCUCCCAUCAUGUCUCGCUUUGAUCUCUUUUUCAUCCUUGUGGAUGAAUGUAAUGAGGUUACAGAUUAUGCCAUUGCCAGACGGAUAGUGGAUCUGCAUUCCAGAGUAGAAGAAUCUGUCGAUCGUGUCUAUUCAUUAGAUGAUAUCAGAAGGUAUCUGCUGUUCGCAAGACAGUUUAAACCAAAGAUAUCUAAGGAGUCUGAGGACUUCAUAGUGGAGCAGUAUAAACGACUACGGCAGCGUGAUGGCUCUGGAGUGACGAAGUCGUCCUGGAGAAUCACAGUGCGACAGUUGGAAAGCAUGAUUCGGCUGUCUGAAGCUAUGGCCCGUAUGCACUGCUGUGAUGAGGUUCACCCGAAACAUGUGAAGGAAGCUUUCAGGCUUUUAAAUAAGUCCAUCAUUAGAGUUGAGACUCCUGACAUCAAUUUAGACCAAGAUGAUGAACAGCAAAUGGAGGAUCAAGAGGACCAAGAUGGAGUCAAUGGUGAGGCAGAAGCUCCAGCUGGGGUCAAUGGUCUUGUGAAUGGGAUCAAUGGCCAUCCUGAGGACAUGAACAAGGAUGGUGCACCCAAAGCUUCUCUUAGGCUGGGCUUCUCUGAGUAUCGACGAAUUUCUAAUCUCCUGGUGCUGCACCUUAGGAAAGCAGAGGAAGAAGAGGAUGAUUCAUCAUUAAAGAAGAGUGAACUUAUUAAUUGGUAUCUAAAGGAAAUUGAAGCUGAAAUAGAAUCUGAAGAGGAACUAAUAAAUAAAAAGAAGAUCAUAGAGAGAGUUAUUCACCGACUUACACAUUAUGACCACAUUCUGAUAGAACUGUCCCAGUCAGGGCUGAGAGGAUCCAGAGAAGAGGAGACUUUUGAUGAAGAUCCAUACCUGGUUGUCAACCCAAACUAUCUGCUGGAAGACUAAGGGCUGAGAGCUGGAUUGUGCUGCUGACUAGUUAUGUGUUGGAGAAUACAUUCUUUUCUUAAAAGAAAGUUGCUGUGUGGCUAACGUCUUAAAUUCCUACGAGUGCUUUACUGUGGAAUGUGCCACGGUGCGGCUAGUAAUGUAUGAUUGCUCAUUUACACUGAGCAUACCUGGAAAGUUUUAAAAGAAAUUACACACUUACAUAUUAGUUUCGUUUAUUAAUUCUGGGUUUCAAUGCCAUCAUCCAGAUACAGAAGAGAAUCAUUCAGUAGCUCUUUUCAGUAUCAAGCUAUGUAGAUGAUUCUGUUUUAAAUGAGAGGAAUUUUCCACUCUUCUUCUAUUGUAUUUAGUAGACUUUUUAUGCUGUCGUUUUUACUGUUUUUCAUAUUGACAUAAAUAAAAGAUCAUUAAAUGUCUGGGGGUGGAUUUAUUAUCACUUGUAUGUGGGAUUGCUAUUUUCUAUGCCUGUGCUUUGAGGUUGAAAAAAUAGUGAUCUAAAUAUUUAAUGUCUUAAGAAAGAUUAAAUUUCCUGGAUGACAGAUGCUGGUUUUUAAGAAGUGUUAUUUAACUUCCAGUAACAGAUAAUGAGAAACUCUGAUUGCUUCUCUUUCUUUUUAGAUGGACUAAAGAUGUAUAUGCUCCUGUUGUAUAUGUAAAAUAGAAAAUUGAAAAUAGACAAGCCCAAAGCAAGGCUUUAAGUCAGGAGGUCAGAAAAUCCACAUGUUGAUGAAUGUCUUGACUUGUAAGUGAACUGAAAACUGCCAUCAUUUGUGAAGGAUUUUUAAGACUAUUUAUGUAAACUAGUUUCUAGAUUUUUCUAUAAGAAAAAUUUACUUAAAUUUCUGUUCUCAAUUAUUUGCUGUAUGCUAUGGUAUCAUUAAAUAAUCUAUUAAGAAUUUAAAA